AUGAGUGACGAUCGACGACUACGUCAUCAUGAUCCUGAAUAUUCAACACAGAAGGGAACACGAGAUUUUCCUGGACGACCUCGGUUACCUCGAAUCUUGGGUCAUGAAGGAAUUGGUGAGAUCGUCGAGCUGGGCUCGAAUGUUCGUGAUCACCUGAAAAAAGGAGAUAUUAUCGGUGUGCAAUGGAUACACAAAACCUGUCUACAUUGUGAAUAUUGUCUGACAGGACGAGAAACACUUUGUAAACAGCAGCAAAAUUCUGGUUUCUCAAUGGAUGGCUGUUUUGCGGAAUAUGUUCUGAUGGAUGCUGAUUUUGCUGUUAAGCUUCCUGAUGGCAUGGAUCCAUAUACGUCCGCACCACUUUAUUGUGCGGGUGUCACUACAUACAAAGCUCUAAAAGUGUCUAAGGUUCGAGCUGGUGAAUGGGUGUCGAUUGUGGGUGUAGGUGGCCUUGUUUAUGAUGGUCCAAGUGAUCAGCAUGGCAAAUGGGUUCGACAAAAAGUGGGAGGUGUUCAAGCAACAAUCGUUGCUGUUCCUUUGAUUCAAGCCUAUGAGGAAGCAUUCAAAUCGGUGAAACGUGGCGGUCGUAUCGUGGGUAUUGGGUUGCCCGCCGGGAAAAUGUCUAUAUCCGCCAUUGAUUGUAUUUUGCGUGGAAUCCAACUGAUUGGUUCCACUGUUGGCACACGUAAAGACUUACAAGAAGCAUUGGAAUUGGCCAAAUUACGUAAUCUUUCUCGUCGAUUUUCAUUCGAUGAUUAUCGUUAUUCAGCUCCUGGACAAUUUCUUUUACUUUCUUCACUUUGUAAACUUAGACAAAAAAAAGUAAAUCAUAUCCUUUCGCAUUUAUUGACAAGUUAUUUUAUUAAUUCUCAGCUUUUAUCUGAAAAUCUUUUAAUUGAAGAAAUCGAAAUAAUUCUAAAUCGACUUCAAUUAACUGCAUCUAAAUCAUUUAUUAAUCUUUUUAAUUUAAUUCGUGAAAUAAUUGGUUUGAAUAUGAUUAUGAGUGGAUUAAUGACUAAUUGGGAAUAUGUUCCUCAAAGUGCAUUUUCUCCUUAUUUACAGGCAUAUACAGUACCUGUAAGUUAUGGUGAAUGUAAUUGUGGAUUAUCAUUUAAAUGUACUCAAUCAUCAGGAGGUAUGAUGAGUGGUUGUUAUCCACUGAAAUCUAUUCUUCAAAGAAAACUUUACCGUUUUUAUGAUCAAAAUUGUAUUGAUUCAAAUGGAAAUUUUACAAGAUUAAAUAUGUCAACGUUGGAAAAAAGUCAAUUUAAUUUAAAUUCAACAAUUGAAUCAAUUUUAAAUAAUUUAAUGAUUGAAGAGUAUAAAAGUAAUUUAUCAUAUGAAAAUUAUUUUAGUCAAUGUCAACCAUUAUCAUGUUCAUAUUCUUAUAUUAAAACUCAUGAUGUAACUCAAACAAUAAUAUUUCUCAUUUCUCUUUAUGGUGGAUUAGUUCUUAUAACUCGUUGUUUAGCAAUUAUUUUUGCUAAACUUUAUGAACAUAAAAAAAAUCGAAUUAAACCCGAAGCUCUUCAACAAAAUAUUUAA